AUGUGUCAUAACAACAAGCAACUGAAUAAAAUAAAAUGGAAGUGGACUGUUGCAGUUCUGGUAUUGCUCCUCAUGGAGGUUAACUCAUUUUAUGCCCUAGGAGACUCUACAGACUUCAAAAAAAGCCAGAAAAUUGAUGUGGAAGUUGCCAAAAUGUUUAGUUUACGUACACAACUAUCUUAUGAAUAUUAUUCGUUGCCUUUUUGUUUGCCCAAAAAUGGUACCUUAUCUUAUAAAUCUGAAAAUUUAUGGGAAAUGUUAAGAGGUGACAUAAUUGUUAAUACACCUUACGAAGUUGCUAUGGCACAAAAUAUAUCUUGCAAACUUCUUUGUGAUAAGCCAACAGAACCCAUGACUUGGAAAGAAAGUAAUUCUUUACUCGUCAUUGAAAGAAUUCAACAAGAGUACAUUGUCCAUUUAUUGAUUGAUGAUUUCACAGCAGCAAGUCUAACUAAUCUAAAUGAUAAAAUUGAUAUACAACCUGGUUAUUAUCUAGGUGGUAUUGAUGAAAAAAAUAGGGUGUAUAUUAACAAUUAUUUGAAACUAAAACUAGCCUAUCAUAUCAAUGGAAGGAAGAACCUGAUAUUAGUUGGAGUCACAUUAGCUUUGUUGCAUGGUCAAGUAGGAAAAGACAUAGCAAAGUACAAUAAUUGUGAUGGUAUUGCAAGAUUAGAGAGAGCUUCAGAAAGAACUGGAUGGAACGUUGUUUAUGCAGAUGUAUUCAGACCUCCCAUUAAAUCUCUGCUUUUUGCUGCUGUUAUUCGUAGUGGUAUUCAAGUAUUUGUUGACUUAUUUACUGUAUUUAUAAAUAUUCUGAUAUGA